AUGGCAACAUCGAAUCUCUCUAAUCUUUUUAAGGAUGAAACUACAAAAAAGAUAUAUCAGUUGACCAGAGAAUUUAACCUUGCUGAUUUGAAAUUUAAUUUGACUGAUGAUAUUAGAAGAGGUUUUUGCGGUACUUUUAUGAAUUUACUUAUUGCGAAUGCAUUUAAUCUUGGUGACUCAUCAAAAGUUAUAGAAUAUGCAGAUCAACUUAAGUUAGAUUAUUUUUUAAGUCUAGAAAGAGGUUUGGCCGAAUGCGAAACAGGAAAAGCUUAUAUGUUAAUUUCAAAGAUGACAAAAAAUAAUAAUGACUCGGAGAUUAAUUCUGAGUUAAAAUAUGAUAAAGACAAAGUAAUUAAUGAUUCAAGCAAAAUACAUUUUCUUUCUGCUAUAUAUAAUGGCGCUAAUCUUAAAGCUGUAGACUAUUUGAAGGAUUAUUAUGGAAUUGAUGUUGAAAAGAAUUUAAAAGAAAAAUAUGAUAAUAAAGAUAUCAAAACUAUUGAAGCUAUCGAAUAUUAUAUGUAUUCUGCUUUAAUUUUUAAAAGAAAUAUUAUAAAUGAUUUAACAGUUGAGUAUGUUAUAGAUGUACUAUUAUACAGUAUUUCGUUAAAUAGAAAAGAUCCAGAUACUAAUUGUCUAUUUAUUUAUCGUUUGUUAUUAUGGAAUUAUAUGGGUCCUAAAAAUUCUAGUAAACAUCUUACUAGAAAAUUGUCCAUUGAAGAAAUUUGUAAACUACUGUUUAAUGGUAAUAAACAAUAUGAAGAUAUAAAUAAAGAAUAUGUAGAAGAUUUGAUAAAAGAGAAUAAAAAAUAUAUUAAAGAGAUGCCAGAUAAUAUAUCUGGUGAAAUUAAAAAAAUUAUUCUUAAACAUAAACUAGAAAUGCCUAAAAUAGAUAAAAAUAAAAAAAUCAA